GACGUGUAUUUUGAGGUUACCAUACUUGAAAAAAAGUGAAAAACUCAUAAUAAAGCUGAAAAAGCUCAAAAAUCGGUGAACAUAUCGCGAAAAUUUGGUCUGGAGGGCAUGUAAACGGGUCUCGGCAGUCUAAUGAUUCGUUCCGGGCAUGAGUUGGCUAAAAAGGCGCCUCUGCGGGGCUAAAAAGACCGCUCCGCUUAGCCACGAAUCUGGCGACAAUGAGCGCGAUAUUGUUAAUAAAAACGUAGAUUUUCGACCCGAUAACGUCAAUAACAAUUUAAAAAAGAAAAAGAGGAAUAAGUAUAUGGUGAAAAUGAAAAAUUUCUUGAGGGAACUAGCUUUAUUUUGUGUUUUUUUAUUGGCUUAUGGCGCUGUUUAUAAAGAACCUCCAAAAAUUUCAAAACCUCCAAAAGCCUACCCAUUCUUUCCAACCAAUUCGGCAGUAACAGACUUCUACUAUGGAGACCUAACCAAGGCCCUAAGUUUAGCAAAAAAGAUUACACCAGAUAUUUCUUUUAUUAUGUAUUAUGCCCCUUGGGAUGCCCAAAGUCAGGCUGCUAGAAAAGAAUUUCUUCUUGCAGCAGAGCAUUUGCAGGAUUCUGUUGCUUUUAUUGCUGUUAACUGCUGGCAACCUGAGAGUGAUUGUAAAGGGAGUUUUGCUAAGAUUGUUAGAUGGCCUGUAAUGGUAAUAUAUCUUUCUGUCAACAAUGCUAUUCAAUACAAUGGACCAUUGUUGGCACCUCAUAUGAUAAGUUUCUUAAAAAAAAUUAUGGUUCCAAUAAGGAGAGCAGAUCCACCAAUUUUCAAUUUUGAAGAGGCUUAUGUUGUGGCUGAAAUAAAUGCAUCACCAAAUAGUGCAGAAUAUUCAGUUUAUUAUAAAACAGCUAUAAAAUGCCUUGAGUCUGAACCAUUUGGCAGAAUUUCAUUUUAUCUUAAACCAGUGCAGGUUACUAAAAACACAUUAUCUGUGUAUAUGUGGGAGCAACAAAGGAUACUAGAAAUAGAGCCUUCAGAUUGGAAGCCUGAAGUCCUUUUGCAAUGGAUUUUUAAAGUAAUAAAAACUCCAAUUACAUGGAUUUCACCACCUGAAGUCAAGAGUGUCACUUUGGCCCAUAAGCUGCAAACAGGGCCCACAUUAAUCAUGUUCACCCCCAAGAACCCUUUGAGUCUUCAGUAUGAUUAUUUUAUGAUGCUUCAAGACAUAGCUCAGCAGUAUCAAAACUGUGAAAAUUGGUUGCUUAAUUUCGAUAUUGAGGCCAAAAGAUUAGAUCACUUAUUGACAUAUAAAAAUCUAAAAAGUACAUGUCUGGGAAGCAAAACGGAAACUUCUUUGACCCAAAUAGCUGUGACUACUAGUGCAACUCCAUUUUUAAACUCUACAUCUGCUAAACUGUCAAAACCCUUGGGAAAACUUGAGUUGAAUUGUGGCUUAAGUUCAAACUUAAAACUGCCAAGUAUCUGUCAAAAUUUCAAAGCAGAGCAGUGCUUUGAAAUAUUCCCUCAUCAUGAAGACAAUUUUGGAAAAAAGGGAAAAGAGCUGGAUGAGGAUUUAAUUGCUGAUGACUAUAAGGUUUAUGAAACUUCUUUAUGGAAGCCGAAUAAAGACCCAAAAUCUAUGGAAAACUUAAAGAAGAGACAAAAAUAUGAGAACUGCAAGACUUUUCUAGCAGCCCAGAAAGUUUAUCCAGAAGUUUUUGUACCUGAUGACCCUGUGGACAGCGAAGAUAUAAAUGUCUCUGAUUUCGCUUGUUCUAAUAAUAGUGUUAAGUUUAUAGUGAUGGAUAGCCUGAGAUAUUAUGUUUUUGCUGAGAGACUUGGUGUUAAUCUGUUUAACAGGAAAGAUAUGAGUGCUGUAGUUAUUGUAGAUGAACAAGCGGAAUCCCACUAUAUUAUGGACACUCCAAUAACGAGCAGAAAUGUAAAGUUAUUCCUGCAAAAGUACAAUGAAAGUGCCCUAAUAAGAUCUAAAAAAUCAAUCGUUGAUACUCCUGCUAAAAAUACUCCUGCGUACAAUUUUGUUGCUAUAAAUGACACCUCUGUGAUUAAUUUGGAUGAGUUGAAUAGCAAAAAUUUCUUGGAUGUGGUAUUAGACAAUAGAAAUGCAGUAGUGGUGCUAUACUAUAGCAAGCAAUGCUCAUUUUGCAAUGGGAUUUCCUAUACAUUUUUAACAUUGGCCAGAAAACUGUCGUAUGUGGACAAUAUAAGAUUCACUAGGAUCGAUGGGGAUGAGAACAUUUUACCAUGGGAAUAUACCAUGGAAGAAUAUCCGAGCAUUUUGUUCUUCCCUGUCAACUGCAAAGAAGAAACUAGGGUGUUUCCUACGGAGGUACCCAUAACUGUGCCAAAUUUGUUGGCUUUUAUGUUGGCCAACAUGAACGCCACCAUGAAAUUAACCGCAAUGUAUUCGGUGUGUUUACAUACUCCGGUUGAGAUCACGAAAAUCGCCUGCUUGUCCACCCUUCGCGACGAGAUAACCUCGACGAUUGAAAAAACCUUAAAAGUCUGGCGGAAAUCAAACAAACGGCAACGCCGCCUCGUUCUCCACAACCUCCAGGAACUCCGUUUUCUCCAGUUGCUCCUCGCUCACUCUCCAAACGAAUUCGCACUCAUACAGAGUCAUUUUAGGAAAAUUAAGGAUCAUUUAGGUGAGGAGGAUUACAAAGGUAAGGACGAGUUAUGACUGUUAAAAAAUUAAUAGAGUUUGAAAUAUUGGGAGGGUUAAACUGAUAAAGGCUGCUCCUCACUUAUUAUGUUAUAACUGUGAUAAAAAUGUAACUUUUACUAAACUGUAUAUAAACAUUUAUUAUUGUCUAUAGUAAAAUAUACAGGGGGCGCCCACUAUUCACUUAAAAUUUUUAUUUUUUAUUUGUGCGUGGCAUAAAAAUGAUAGUUUCAAAAUGGUGAUCGUUGCCAAAAAAGCUACGCCCAAACGAACAAAAAUGGAGAGGGAAGAUUGUUACGGGUUUACUGUAUAAGACUAAAUGUUCUGUAUAUAUCUAUUUAUCUAUAUGUGGGGAAAAUAAAAGGAGAUUUAAAUUUU